AUGGUUGUACAGCCCAACCUGAACCUCCAAGGCCGCAAAGCCCGGGGCUCUUCCUCCAGCCCCGGACGCGGCCAACCCUCGCUUCCCCAGGGCAGGGCUCCGCUCAGGUCCGUGCAACCAGCCAAGUGGGGCCCGCACCGGGCCGACCCGGCCCGCCAGUCCUAGCAGCCCCUGGACCCCCGCCAGCGGGGAUGGGCGUGGGCCCCGGCGGCCACCGCCCCGCCAACUCCGGCUCGGGAGAAGAGAGUGCGCCCCACCCGCUACGACAGCCUCGGACCUACCUGCAGGGGAGAGAGGGGCUCCUGGACAGCGGCCACGGGCCCGAGGGCGGGCGCCGAGGCGGCCGGAGGCCGUCCCGGGGACUCCAAGUAUCCCCGGUGGGGCAGGGCGGGCAGAGACGCCGGGGGACUGUCGCGGGCCAGCGCGGCCCGUCGCGGGGGUCGCGGGGACCUGGCUCUCCCCUUAGCACCAGGCCGCCGCCGCCGCCGCCGCCAUUUUGCCUUCCACUCGGUGUCGCCGCCGCACUCCGCUGCAGGUUUCCCGGAUGUGGGCAUUUCCCGGCGUCGCUUGCGCGGGGGCCGAGGACUGGGGGCUUCGGCCCGCCCGGCGACGGGGAGUGAGCACGCCGCCUGCGGCCUCCCGCUUUCCGUAGUCGCCCGUUUCUCUGUGUGUCUGCGAGCGUCGCCCCUGCCUUGCGCUGCUCAGGUGACUCGCCCCGGCUGGUGGCGUCAGGUUCCCUCCAUCCUAAGCCCACUCAUUUAUUUCAUUGUCUAUCUCUUUUCAGUUGAACUCUUUCUAUGGACGAAUAUAGGAUAAAAGAUGCGCAUCUGGAGGAGUUUAAUUCUCAGAACCUCGCUGUGGACAUCGGGAUUCGGGAUUUCUAGACGCUUUGAAAUAAAUUGAUAUUUGCUUAGCACUCUUUCCCCGAGUAAAUCCGCCUGCUUGUCCUUUGUAGAUGGAUUAUGUAUCUGGAAGAGCAGACUGCCGCCUAAACCUUGCCACCUCUGUCACCAACCCUCAGAACUUCUUUAUUUAAGCUCUUCAUCUCUCUAAACCUAAAGAUGGGCAUCUCCAAAAACUACUGUCUUUAGGAGAAUUCCUAGAUAAUUCAAGGACCUCAGUGAAUGGCUCUAUAUAUUAAGAGGUUUACUCCUGUGAAGUAGGGGGAGAAAAGAGCAGGGAAAGGAGAGAAGGAAUGUUCAGGAUAGAAGAACCAACCAACAGGAUGAAACGUGGCUGAGACUGGGAGUGGGUGGAGGUGAAAGACCAGGAAAAUGCCUACUAAGGGUGCUGAUGUCUGAGAAUGGCAAUACCUGCCAUUGUGUUUGGAGGUCUUCGUGUUGCUGUGAUGGAAAACCGUUGGUCCAGCUUCAGCCUGUUCAACUCUUCAGUGCUUCAUGGAAGAGGGAUAUUUUGAUUUUGUUGUAGUUGUGUGGUUUUUGUUUUGUAAGUAUAGUUGAGUUACAAUACUGUGUUAGCUUCAGGUAUACAGCAAAGUGAAUCAGUUCUAAAUAUAUGUAUUUUUCAUAUUAUUUUCCAUUAUAGGUUAUUACAAGAGACUGAAUGUAGUUCCAUGUGCUGUACCGCAAAUCCUUGUUGCUUAUCUAUUUUAUGUAUAGUAGGUUGUCUCAUUUUGUUUUUAAUCAACAGAUGUAAGGGGCAAGUCUCAUGCUUGGAUGACUGUAGGAACAGAGGCAGCACACAUGGAAAAAGUUGGGAGAGCACUGUGGUCCUGAGAACACAGGCUCUCCCAGGAAUUCACACUGUCUUAGGGGAAGGCUCUCAACUAUGAGCAGCCCACACUUAGGAGUGAAUUGUGUUCCACCUCCUUGGGAGUGAAGAAUCUACACAAAUUAUUUGGAAUUCUGAGCAGAUUUGUCUCUCAUCCAUUUUUUUCAAACACUUAUUCUUAUCAAUGUGGACUCAUGGAUAUUUAUUUAAUAGUUUGGGUAUUUCUUGUUUUUGAUCAAAUUGUUCCAGCUUUGGCUAUUGGAGCUCUUCCAGUUAGCUUCUGUGUCCCUAUAACAUACUCCUAUCGUUGUUUUUUUUUUUUUUUUUUCUUAACUGUCUUCCUUUCUGGGACUACAAAAUGCUCCAAACUAUCUGGUUUAUUUCCUGCCCCUCCAAGGAGCCUUGGUUCCUUUUACUGGAGAAUGGUAUUAGAAACCAAAUCUGGGUUCUUGGUGUGCUCAUUGCUACUGGGGAAUCCUUGCUUGUAGGAUCUCUCUGGCUAAUAAGUUGAUUCCAUACUAUGCAGGAGUAAGGUCUGUGUUUUGAUUUGUUGCAGCUAGUAUUUUACAGUCUAGUAUUAAUUACAAUUUAGCUUCUUAUAACCAUGGUCUGUACAAAAAUUGUUUUGACAGUUGAUGCAUGUCUGAUGGCUAUGUUAGGCUGGUCUGUCAACUACUGUUCCCCCAAAGUCCAGUUAGUCAUGAUAGUUUGGAAUUGACCAUUAGUUUAUUUUUAAUUAAUUAAAGUUUAUUACCUCAUCAGCUAGAUUCUAGUCAUUCUACUUCUCUCACCCCCACCCCCUUUGUGGUUUUCUCCCUCUACUAAUAUAGUGAAAUGCUGUAAUUGUUUUGAUGCUAAGAUGACUGUAGUCUAGGCUGUUAUUUAAUUAUUCUUUGUUGCCACUUAACAUUAAUUGUGGUUCAGAAUGAUACCAAUGAAAUAGUUUAAAUAGUUGCAUAUCAUAGUUUGGCUCUCCCCAGGUUACAUUAUCUGUAAAACAAGAGCACUGCUACUGCUUCAGACCAUCUAAUUAGUCUGAGCUAGAUAUCAUAUUGAUACCAUAAGUUUAAAUGAAGGCUUGAUAUAAACUAUACACUCAUGAACUUAGUAUGCUUCUUAGACAAGAUUCUAAAAUGGAUUAUUAAAAGGAUGUUUCCACAGUACUGUGAAAUAGAAGUGUUAUUCACAAAGGACAAGGAAUUUUUCAAUUAUGCCAAGAUUUUGAUAGGAUGAUAGCUGUAGCACAGGUGUUUUCUCACAUAGCCUUAUGAACAAGAUAAAUGUGGCAGAAUGUCAAUAAGUUAGGUUGGUUUAUAAAUAUUUCAACAACUGUAGCCAAAUAUCAAUGAUUCAUAUGUCACUGAUAAUUGGGAGGUGGGCCUAAGUCCAUUUAACCUAUCUCCUUACCAAUGGGAUGAGGGUGUAGAGAGCACGCUGGGCAAUUCUGAAAACGAUCAGCUUCUGCAGAAAAGAUUCAAAGGUGAUUGUUAGCUCUUUCCUAAAGUGAAAGAAAAUUUGUCUUCUUAAACAGGAAGGAUGGACCUAUAUAGUAAGAAUCACAGUCAUCGGCAUUACCUCAAGAAUAGGGAGGUAUGGUUUAGGGAGUAUCAGGUGUGAAAAUUAAGGGUUUAAGUUAAACUAGUCAGCAGUCAACUGAACAAAUAUCAGAAUAGGUAAAAUAAGCUGAGACAGCAUUACAAAGGAAUAUUGUACCCAGAACCAGGAUGGCAGAUUUCUGUCAUACUCUCAGCAAGGCAGACACCACUGGAAAAGUAUUCAUUUUGGAAGUCACACUUUAAUGAUGGCCUUUAUUUUUAAAAGGGAAAACAAAAUUGUGAGUUUAGUUCAAUUCAGGCUAAUUCAGGGCUUACUAUGUAUCAGAUACUGUGUUAAACAUUGUUCAUACAACAC